AAAGCUGAAGAUGGCAUCGGCAGCUGCUGAAUUGGUCGUAAAGCGCGAGCCGGAACCGCGACAUGACGUUGUCGUUGACGCUAACCGUACGAUAACCGGGGCGGAGGGUUUGGUGCGUAUGGCCCUCGACCAGUACACCGAGAUCCUCACCACAAUUUCGGAUCCACGUGUAAGCGACUGGCCGCUGAUGAACGCACCGAUACCCACUGUCCUCAUCGUCCUCAUCUAUCUCUAUAGUGUAACGAUCCUUGGGCCAAGGCUCAUGGCCAACCGCAAGCCCUUUCAACUGAGGAACGUCCUUAUCGCUUACAACGCCUUCCAAGUCAUAUUUUCUCUCGGCAUGUUGUACGAGCAUCUGAUGUCCGGGUGGUUGCUGGACUACAGCUACAAAUGUCAACCAGUUGAUUACUCUCAUAAUCCCUCGGCACUACGAAUGGCAAACCUUUGCUGGUGGUACUUCAUCAGCAAAUUUACCGAAUUCGCUGAUACAAUAUUCUUCAUUCUACGAAAGAAGGACAGUCAGGUGACGUUUCUGCAUCUGUAUCAUCACUCGCUAACACCACUCGAGACUUGGAUUUGCGUCAAGUUUAUCGCGGGUGGUCACGGCACUCUAGGCAACCUCAUUAAUAACGCUGUCCACGUUGUAAUGUACUUCUAUUAUAUGCUCGCGGCUGCAGGUCCCGAGUACCAAAAGUACUUAUGGUGGAAGAAACAUCUGACUACCGUUCAGUUGGUGCAAUUCUUCUUGGUGUUUGUGCAUAGUGCCCAGGCUUUGAUUUUCGAUUGCGGUUAUCCUAAGCUUGUGGCUAGUCUCUUACUUCUACACUCGACGAUUUUCUUCAUUCUCUUCUAUAACUUCUACCUACAAGCCUACCGCCGAAGUCAAAAAACCAACGACGUUAAAUCUGAAUAAAGAACGUGUGAAUAAUUAGCUGCCUGUUACCCCAUUAUCGGGGAAGCAGAAUAGAGAAUAAAAGAGAGAAUAAAGAGAAGGAAAAAAUGAAAUGAGGAGAGAAAAAAAGAAACACGGAAGUACAAAUAUAUUUUGAUUAAUUGGUCCCGUCGGCUGGCCGCAAACGUCACUGCCGAGAAAAUAAUACCAGAAUUUCGAAGACAAUGCUGUCGAUGAAACCGCGUACGGAUUUUUAUACUUGUUUCGUUCGCGUGCAAUCUAGUCUUCGCGCCGGCGCGAUUCUUUUCUACGAAAGGGUAAGUGAGGGGAGGGGCACGCGUUAGGAUUCGCGAAUUAUUCCGCUGUGUGUACAAUU